GCCAUUUUGUAGCUUCGACGAGUUCGUUUGGCAUGCAUGGUAGCAUAGCGUAAAGCAAGUAAGAAACAGUUUUUCUGGUUAAAAUGACGCAGUUUCUACCGCCAAAUUUGUUGGCGUUGUUUGCGCCCCGCGAACCGAUACCAUAUUUGCCCCCCGCGUCCAAAUUACCCCAUGAAAAAAAAUCCAGGGGCUAUUUAGGGGUGGGCGGCUUCCUUCAUCAUUUUGAGGAUCCCAAAGACACACCACCUCCAACAAGGGUGGAAACCAGGGAGGAACGAAUUGAAAGGAGGCGUAGAGAAAGGGCUGAACAAGUCGCAUAUAAACUCGAGCAAGAAAUUGCCGUUUGGGAUCCAACGGCCAGUGAAAACAUCACUGGUGAUCCCUUUAAAACUCUGUUUGUUGCAAGAAUUAAUUAUGAUACUUCAGAAUCAAAGCUCAGGAGGGAAUUUGAAGUGUAUGGCCCCAUUAAAAAAAUUGUGUUAAUUCACAACAGUAUCAAUGGAAAACCCAGGGGGUAUGCAUUUAUAGAGUAUGAACAUGAAAGGGACAUGCAUUCCGCUUACAAACACGCCGACGGGAAGAAAAUUGACGGUCGUAGGGUUUUGGUUGACGUCGAACGAGCCCGUACAGUCAAAGGUUGGCUACCCAGGAAAUUAGGCGGUGGUUUAGGCGGAACCCGUCGCGGUGGUCCGGACGUCAACAUCAAGCAUUCGGGCCGCGAGGACAACGAACGCGAGCGCGAACGUUACCGCGUCGAAAGGGAGCGCGAGGAGCGUGGGCUGGGUGGCGGCGGUGGUGGAGGUGGCGGUCGCGAUCGAGAUCGCGAACGCGAGAGGGAUAGGGGCGCAGGCGGCGGCGGUCUCGAACGUCGUCGCUCGCGAUCGAGGGAGAGGCGCAGGCGCAGCAGGUCGCGGUCGCCGAGGAGGGAAAAGAGGCGCAGGAGCAAAGAGAGAGGGCUGCGUGGUGAAGAAUUCGAGGAUGGAUUCGAGGGUGGGCGUACGCGUGAAAAGGAGAGGGAUAGGGAUCGUGAGCGUGACAGAGAUAGGAAACGUAGACGUUCCAGGUCCAGGGAUAAGGAUCGCAGUGAGCGCAAACGUGAACGUAGGGAGAGACGCGAAAGAGAACGCGGCGAAAGAUUGGAGUAUAUCAAAACGGACGACGGGGGUGAAAUCCGUAUCAAGGAGGAACCCAUCGAUGAUUACCCUGAAUUUUCUUACCUACCUCAAAAUUAUGAUUCGAAUGCUGUGAAAUAUGAAGACGAAGAUGAACAGAAAUAUGAACCAGACAACGCAAAUGGUGCAAAUAGGCACUAUGAUGACGAAUAUGAGGAAGGUGAAGCAUAUUAGUUUUAUAAGAUUACUUUGUAAAAUAAAUUUAUUGCUUAAGAAUAUAAUUUUUAAGGUAAGAUAUAAUUAAAUCCGUGUAAUAAUGUAAUAUUGACGUGCUGUUUUUAAUUUAUAAUAAUUUCUUAAGUAUACAAUUUAGGAGCAAUUUGUAUAUAAAUAAAUGAUUUUCUUCUUAAA